GCGCUUUGCACGUAGCGAUUGGUGGAGCGUGUAAUGAUUUAUUAGAACCUCGCGCUCUUUGGAUUCUGCCCUCACUGUUGGUAUGUCUUAAAACAAAAUGGUGAUGUUCGGAUGAGAUAAAUCUACGUUUAAGGCGAACCGAGGUUUAUUUUAAAAAUAAAUCGGUGUGCGAUACUAUUUAAUCGACCUGUUUCUUGUGGAGUCGGAAUGUUACCUGGACACUGAUCUUUGGAAAACGUUCGUGACGGAAUUGGGGAUGGCAGCAAUUGUGGAGAACCAGACUGAUGGCUGUUCAAAAAAGGAGCGAAGUCGAUUAGCCAAAGAAAGGAGAGAGGAUAAAGACAAGAGCCAAGCUGCACGUGAACAAACUCUUUGGGAGAAGCAACGGCGUGCGCAGGAGCAGUAUCUGCGUUCGGUGGAGGAUCGAAGUAGGCGUCUAGAGGAGCAGCGGCAGAAGGAGAUGAUCCGUCGCUCAGCAGUGGAGGAGAAAAGGAGGCAGCGCGUUGAGGAGGAAAAGGAGCGACUGGAGGCCCUGAUGCGACGCUCCAUGGAACGCAACCUGCAGGCGGACCAGAGGCCCAAACGCUGGACCUGGUGCGGACCUCCCGGAGUCUGCGAGGGUGAUCCUAAGAUAGCCCCGCCCUCUCCUCCUGCUUCUGCCUCCUUAGCCAAUGACCCUGCAGCUCACCCUCCUGCCAGCAAAUCUAAGAACGUUGAAGAUUUUAUGAUUCAGCCCGAGUCUCCAGACUCCCUGAGCAGAAAUUUCUCCUCUGCUACUUUGACAGAAAGAGCCUCCUCCAGCCCUCAUAGGUCUCCAUACAGAGCUUCUCCCAAUAGAGGCGAACGGAAGAAGGUUAGUGCGUCGUUCUGUGGACCGCUUGACGAUUCCAAAGGAACAUCCACGACUCUUAAAACCCCUCAGAAUGAGAAGCCAGAAAAGUGCACCAUUCAAAGCUUUGUUGACUACCCAAUGAAAAAACUUGAGUCUCCAACAACACCCACCCGCAGUUCCUCUGCAAGCAAGAACCCCGGCACACCCAAAAGAUCAAGGUCGUCCAAGAGUCGUAUCCAGUCCCCAGCCUCCCCGGGGCAAUACCCUCCAUCUCCAAUGAAGCAUAGAGCCACCACUCCAUGCAAAGAGACCAAGACUUUGGAAGGAGAGGAGAAAGGGUCUCUGGAAACCAAAGGCACCAGCACUUUAGAGAGAAAGACAUCCAGAACAGAGAGAAUCCCGAAGUCUACAAGCAAAGAGCUGGGAUAUAAUGCAGAGUCACCAGUGACUCCCACUGGUAAAGCAGGUACCACUGAUGCUGAGGAGGCCUCCAGGCUGCUGGCUGAAAGACGACGUCUGGCCAGAGAACAGAGGGAGCAAGAGGAAAAGCAUCGGCUGGAAGAGGAAAGACUCAGAGCGGAGGAGCUCCAGAGGCAGCAGGAGGAGGAGAUACGGCGGCAGGAGCGGGCGGCUCGAGAGGCUGAGGAGAAAAGACAAAGGCAGGAGAUAGAGCGCUGCCAGAGAGAGCAGGAUGAAAGGCAACAAAAGGAGCAACGUUGGAAGGAUCUCCAGGAUGACCUAGAGAGACAGAGAGAGGAGGCAGUGCAGAGGGUUCACAGGGAGGCUGAACGGAAGAGACAGGAGAGAGAGCUGCUGAAAAUUCAGGAGGAUGAGGAGAGGCUACAGAGGAAGAAGCGUAUUGAUGAGAUAAUGAAACGAACAAGGAAACAAGACGGAGAAUCAAAGAAAGAGGAGCCUUCAGCAGACACACCUCAUAUUUCUGUCUCUCCGUCUCCGUCUCCCUUGGAAACUGGAGGUGGUCCAUCAAAGGCAACAUCUGAAUCUCCAGUCAUAUGCCUUGAGCCUUUGGAGGCAAAGGGUAAUGGGGCAGAUGAUCUAUCUGAUGGAGUUCAAUCUAUGGAUGUCAGUCCAGUCUCCAGAGAUGAGCUCCUCUCCGUUGCAGAAUAUUCUCCAGUCAGUGAGAUGGCUUUGGGUGAUAUCCUUGUUUUGGCCGGGCAGGUCUCACAUCCCAAAGGCUCUGCUGCUCCAUCAUUUGGUGACUGCAACAAAAACCUGAUCCAGGACUGCAGCAGCGCUGCUAUUGACUCAUCACUUUUUCAGAGUCUUAUACCGACUUCAGACAAGCUCAACAUUUAGACAUAAGACACUGUUGGAUAAUGGGGCUGGACUGGGCUGGUGGAUUGACGUUGUGAGAUGAAACCAACCCUGUGUGCCUCAGUCCAAACUCUGUAGAGCUUCUUCAUAAGCUUGCUCCUCUUCCUCAACAUCUUUUCAACAGGAAAACAUGCACACACUGAAUGUCAAAAUGUGUCGAUAGUCGAUGAUGGACACUUGAUUUCCUACAUAUACUGUAAAAAAGUUUUGCCUGCUCCUCGUAGAUAUUCAUUUCACAUGAUUUUACUGUAGUAUCACCAAACAAGGCAACUUUAUUAGCGUGAUCUUCUUAAUCCUGUCUUUCACACCUGUAGCGUUGGUCAGUGAUGCGCCGUGACACUUGUAGCAGAUCCAUUGUGUAAAAAUUUUUUUAUUUUGGGUUACAAAAAUGGCCAGCAAACCAAGCAGUUUUGUGCUGAGUCUUCUAAUUGUGCUGUAUUGUAUGGCUGGGGUGUGCAAACAGUAUAUUGUGUGACUUUCUAGCAUCGUCUUAGCAAUCCAAGCUUCGUCGUCUGAAAGUGGAUAUGAAUAUUUAGUACAGAUGUAAAGUGAGAUAUUAUUGCUAUCAUAACACUGUUAUACUGGCAUUAUUGUAUUAUUAGUCAAAAGCAAUCAGAAGUCACAAAAAAGUCUGUACCAUGAAAUCUAUUGUUUAAAAUUUUAAAUGGAAAUGUGCAGGACUCAUAUGUGUUUAUAUAGUAUAGUGCUUUAUUCUUCAGGGUAUUGUUUAGUUCACUGUUUAGUAGUUAACAUCACUGCACAGCGCUCUAUGCAGAAAACUAAGCAACCGUAAAUUCUAAUACAGCAUCACAAAAGACAGUAAUUCAGAAACUUUGCAACUGUAUUGACUAAAAAAAAGAUCUGUACUUGCCGAGUAUGUCCAAUCAUAAUCGUAUUUGCUUAUCUUGUGGAGAAAAAAUGACUUAUUUUACCAUCUUGUAUACUCAGGGUGCUGGUGAGCAUUGCAUGUGAGCUCAGUUCAUUUGGUUUACAAUGUCCGUACUGAUGUUCUUUAGUGGUCGCACUCUCAAUGGCAUGUAGUAUGAUGCUGUUGUGUAAAACCCCUGAUACACUAAGUUGGUUCAAGACCAAUUUAUAGAUCAAAAAACUUGGGAUGUUGAUCACAUUUUAAAUUGUGAACAGAGGGUGAUGGGUUGGUACUGGAAUUCAGCACUUUAAAAUAACAUUUAACCGUAGGUGCAUGAAUCAGUGAAUCAGCUGCUUUGAAGUCGCAGAACCCUGAACUGUUGACAUAACAAUAAAACAUGUAUCAUAAA